AUGUGGACUUUAAGCAGAAUGGGCAGCGCAAAGAGACUUGGAUUCAGUAUAUCUAUAUGUUUGUGCUCGAUGAUGAACUUCAUUACAAUUGUAUUAUCUGGGAGCACAAGACCACCCAGCAGCGGCCAAGGAGAUAGCCUGUCAGACAACCUGCUUCUGCAUCAGCGGAUGAAGAGGAGCUGGGUGUGGAACCAAUUCUUUGUUUUGGAAGAAUACACUGGAACGGAUCCUUUGUAUGUGGGAAAGCGGUUCCGAGGGGGCGAAUACAGUUGUCCCGUCAGUGAUGAGCCCAGUCGUCCCGAGAGCUCGGAUAGCAGGAGGGCGGGCACCUCCGUUAUCCAGGUGACAGCAACAGAUGCUGAUGACCCUACCUAUGGGAACAGUGCCAGGGUAGUCUACAGCAUUCUCCAAGGACAGCCAUAUUUCUCCGUGGACUCCAGAACAGGUUUAAUUAGGACAGCACUAAUGAACAUGGACAGAGAAGCAAAAGAAUAUUACGAAGUGAUCAUCCAAGCCAAAGAUAUGGGUGGACAGCUGGGAGGAUUAGCUGGGACGACCACCGUCAACAUUACCCUCUCCGAUGUCAAUGACAAUCCACCCAGGUUUCCGCAGAAACAUUAUCAGAUGAGCGUGUUAGAAUCUGCUCCAGUCAGCUCUACCGUGGGCCGUGUCCUUGCGAAAGACUUGGAUGAAGGCAUCAAUGCUGAAAUGAAGUAUAGCUUAGUGGAUGGAGAUGGACUAGAUGCCUUUGAUAUUAUGACAGAUCCUAAUUAUCAAGUUGGCAUAAUCACAGUGAGAAAGCCCUUGAGCUUCGAGACCAAGAAAAGCUACACUUUAAAAGUAGAGGGUGCCAAUCCCCACUUGGAAAUGCGCUUCCUCAACCUAGGCCCGUUCCGUGACACUGCGACUGUGCACAUCAGCGUGGAGGACGUGGACGAGCCACCCGUGUUUGAGCCUAGCUUUUAUUUUGUGGAGGUACCUGAAGAUGUGGACAUUGGGACCACCAUACAAAUGAUUUAUGCCAAGGACCCUGAUGUGACCAACAACUCAAUCAGAUACUCCAUUGACCGGAGCAGUGAUCCCGGACGCUUUUUUUAUGUUGAUAUUGCAACCGGUGCUUUGAUGACCGCACGACCCUUGGAUCGGGAAGACGUCGCAUGGCACAACAUCACAGUGUUGGCCGUCGAGAUGAACAACCCUUCCCAAGUCGGCAGCGUUACAGUCACCAUCAGAGUCCUGGAUGUGAAUGACAACGCUCCCGAAUUCCCCAGGUUCUAUGAGACGUUCGUCUGUGAAAAUGCAAAGCCCGGACAGCUGGUUCAGACAGUUAGUGCCGUCGACCAGGAUGACCCACAGGAGGGACAGCACUUCUACUACAGCUUGGCGCCCGAGGCAGCCAACAACCCCAAUUUCACUCUGAGGGACAAUCAAGAAAAUACAGCUUGGAUUCUAACGAGGAGAUCCGGCUUCCGGCAGCAGGAGCAGAACACCUUUUACCUUCCUGUCCUGAUCGCCGAUAAUGGACGCCCCAUGCUGAGCAGCACCGGGACAGUGACCAUCCGCGUCUGCAGCUGCGACGACAAAGGCCUGCUGAUGUCCUGCAACGCAGAGGCCUACGUCCUCCCUGUCACCCUCAGCAGAGGGGCACUCAUUGCCAUCCUGGCCUGCAUCUUCGUCUUGCUGGUGCUGGUGCUGCUGAUCUUAUCAAUGAGAAGACACAGGAAGCAGCCUUACAUAAUCGACGAAGACGAGAACAUCCAUGAGAACAUUGUACGAUACGAUGACGAGGGGGGCGGGGAGGAAGACACAGAAGCCUUUGACAUCGCUGCCCUUUGGAACCCUAGAGAGGCUCAUGUGGUAAUGAAGAGCAGGCAGGACAUGAUGCCCGAAAUAGAAAGCCUCUCCAGAUACGUCCCUCAGGUCUGCACAAUGGACAGCAGCGUUCACAGCUACGUAUUGGCCAAGCUCUACGAAGCUGACAUGGACCUCUGGGCUCCCCCCUUUGACUCUCUCCAGACAUACAUGUUUGAGGGCAAUGGCUCCGUGGCGGAGUCGCUCAGCUCUUUGCAGUCAGUGACUACAGACUCAGAGCAAAACUAUGACUAUCUGACGGACUGGGGGCCUCGCUUCAAGAAGCUGGCGGAAAUGUACGGCGCCACAGAAGGGAAUGGUGGGGGCCUGUGGUAA